CGAGCAAGUGUCAUAUUUGUGUUUUAACUUUCCAUAGCGAAAACAUAAAAAAACAUUACCUCAUACUCAUAGUGUAUGAGUAUGUGAACAACAUAAUAUCGCUUCUCUUUGUUUAUUAUAGGUAAGUAGUAACUGUACACGGUAAAUGCUUUAAUAACGGUGUAAGUUUUAAUUGUGCGUUAUCACCCAACAUCAACAAUAGCACUUCUUCCGUGAGCGAACAAACACAAUACUCACUUUUCAUAGUUGUACAGAGCUGUGGGCAGUUGCCUGACAUUAUUCCUUUUGGUUCAGCUACAGUUAGAUCAAGUGUUGCUCCCAACAAGAAGACCCAAGUUCAAUUAGACUAUCCCCAAAUUUUAGAUGCCUUAAAUUAGCAACAAUUAGUUGACAUAUAAAAAUAGUGCAACCUCAAAAGUAUUCAGUAUUCUAAAAAUAUGCAAAGAAAGUGUACACGUUGCUGACGAGCAUGCCAAAUGGCUACUUACGAGAAAGAAAUGGAUGCCUCCCUAGCAGACGCCUCGGUUCUGGCGCCGCAGGCCGCCUCUCGACGGCACUCUCUGGUGUAUCCCGCUGUAGCCACAAUGCUGUUCUGGCAUUUAAGCGGAAUCUACGGACUCUAUCUGUGUGUCUUUUAUGCUAAAUGGGCUACGAUUUUCUUUAAUGUCAUACUCUAUAUGUGCGCGAUGCUGGGCAUCACGGCGGGCGCGCACCGGCUGUGGGCGCAUCGUUCGUACAAGGCGACUCUGCCGUUGCAAGUGUUGCUCAUGCUCUUCCAGAGCCUCGCCUACCAGCACUCGGCACUUCGCUUCGCUCGGGACCACAGGGCCCACCAUAAGUUCAGCGACACGGAUGCGGACCCGUACAACCCGGCGCGCGGGUUCUUCUUCGCGCACAUCGGCUGGCUACUGGUGCGCAAACACCCGCAAGCCAUUACCAAAGGGAAGGGGAUAGAUGUGGACGAUCUGUACCAGAACCCCGUGCUGCUCUACCAGAACAAGUACAGCUUCUACCUCACCACCUCACUCGCAUUCGUGUUACCUGCGCUCAUACCAACUUACUUCUGGCAGGAGACUCUGAACACGGCGCAUCACGUGUCUGUGCUCCGCGUACUCGCCGUCUGGCACGCCUUCUUCACCACCAACAGCGCCGCCCACGAGCAUGGCUACAGGCCUUAUGAUAAGCGCAUCAUGCCUACACAAAACCUACCUGUAAGCUUCAUCACACUUGGCGAGGGAUUCCAUAACUUCCACCAUGUGUUCCCCUUCGAUUACCGAGCGGCCGAACUUGAGAAUAAUUGUUUAAAUCUUACAACGAGAUUUAUCGAUAUGUUCGCGUGGAUUGGAUGGGCAUAUGACUUGAAGCAUGCGUCUCCUGAUAUCAUAUCGAAGAGAGCCAACAGGACUGGAGAUGGGACGGACCUGUGGGGGCGAGUCAGGGAGGGUUUUGUUGGUGACUCUUCUAACUAAUUUCGAAGAUAGAGGAUUAGAAGAUGUGAGCAUGAUACUCAAAGAGUCAAGAGGACUAUACUGUGCUUUAUUGCGUUGAGGAAUCAUAAUACAUUCGCGAACGGAAAAGCCGAGGAAACAAGGAGCUUGACUCAAGCACGAUUGUAUUCACUUCAUUAUGUAUGUAAAUUAUAGCACAUUGUGUAUUGAUGCGCAGUGUAGGGUUCCGUAGUUACCAUUUUGUCAAAAUAGGCUAAACGGGGGCCAUUAGUAAGUAUUAUGUACAUUGCAAGCGAGCAGAGAGUAUACCUUCGCUGCGCUUUGUACGUCUUUUUGUUAAGAAGAGGAAACUGUUUGCACUAACUCAAAAGGGGCUGCACCGAUCAUAUUCGCUAUAGUUUUCAUUGAAAGAAUUUAUAAAGUUUUUGUUACUUAUUCUGUGAUCUUACUCAAUCAAUAUAUCUGUGAUUUUAGUAUGGUUUAUGGUUGCCAACAAAUAACCCGACCAAAUUACGUAGGUUGUUUUUGGUAUCUUGUCAGGGAUGUGUCAAACGUGUUUUUAAUUUUGUCACAUUGCGUAUGUUCUGUCCCUCACGCACAUCUAUAGGAUAUAGCACAUCUACCAUCUAUGUAUGUAUAGCAAUGUACGUUGUAUUAAAGAGAUGGCGCUACCAACAAAAUUGCAUUAUCUUUGGUAGAGUCAGACCAAGCUAAGAUAGCAGCUAGCCCAGCCCAAAGAGCAUAUAAUCACUAUGGCCCAGCCUGUGCAAGUGUCAAGUAAACGUCAUAAUUUCAUAGAAAUUUGACGUUUAAAAUAACACUUGCACCGUCUGGGCUAUCAAAAUCGCUGCCAACUUAUCUUCGUCCGACUCUAGGUAAUAUUUAAAGUUUCAAAGAGCUAAUGAUCUUAGAAGAUAUGUAAAAGUAUGGUAAGCACAUAUCAUGUGGUAAUGAAGUGAAAAAUUGGAGUAUUAUUUAUUUUUCAUCAGUUUCAUCACACUUACUCGAAAAAGAUCGAGAUUUCACUUCAAAAAUCAAAUCAUAGACAGCGCACUUCACUCCGUCAAUAACGCCUAGGUUCUCAGCUACUCUGGAGAGGUAUGGAAGUAUUAUUUAUAGCUGACAGCUGGACACUUUAGCAACAGUUCUGCCUAUGGAGAUUGUAUUCCUUACCCUCCACCUUCCAUAGUUUGAAAUGUUACCGAAUUUAUGAUUUUUUUCUUCGUCUUUUCAUUCUUGUUUUUGUCCCCAAAAAUGUGACGGAGUGUAGCUUUUUGUAUGAAAUAAUAAUAAUAAAUUCUUUAUUUUUGUAACGUACACGGUAAAUAUAAGCUAAGGGAUUUUUUUA